AUGAAUGGGUCACCAAGUGUCCCCGUGCAGUGUCCCCGUGGAAUGCCCCCGUGCAGUGUGCGUGCGGCGCCCCCCCCACCCCCCCUCGUGCAGCAGUGCCCGUACAGUGCCUGUCCAGUGUUCGUGCAUCGCCCCGUGCAGCCCCCGUGCAGCCCCCGUGCAGUGCCCAUACAGUGCCCUGUGCAGUGUCCAUGCAAUGCCCCCAUGCAGCGUCCCGUGCAGUGCCCCUGUGCAGCGUCCCGUGCAGCCCCCGCGCAGUACCUCCGUGCAGUGCCCGUGCAGUGUCGGCUUGUAUGCCAGGGAGGGCGCCUGUGGCUUAUGGAUCCAUUUUGUUACCAGGCAGAAAACGAACUCACUUUGGCAGAGCAGGGUGGGACAGGGGAGGAGGCCACGAAGCCUGGGUAG